ACAAUCUAGAAAUUCGGACUUCUGACGAAAGAGACUCCAGGAGAGAGAGAGAUGAGCUUUUCUUCUUCAACGGAAUUCAUGGCGGCUUCUUCGACCACUCUUCUCUCUUCUUCCAGGGCUUUUCUCGCCAAAUCCCAUCUCUCUCCUCGCCCUUCUUCCUCCCGAACCCUAACCCUCCCAGCAUCCUUGGGUCUUCGCGCCCGCGCCCGUCUCUGCUCCGGGUUUGCCGGACCCGCUUCCCUCACCACCGCUCGCUCUGCUUCUCGCCGGAGCUUCGUCGUCAAGGCCCAGGCUGAUGAUCUUCCAUUGGUAGGAAACAAGGCACCUGAUUUUGAGGCGGAGGCUGUUUUUGAUCAGGAGUUCAUCAAGGUCAAGCUCUCUGAGUACAUUGGGAAGAAAUAUGUGAUCCUCUUUUUCUACCCCUUGGACUUCACUUUUGUCUGCCCUACAGAGAUCACUGCCUUCAGUGACCGUUAUGAAGAGUUUGAGAAGCUUAACACCGAAGUAUUAGGUGUCUCAGUUGACAGUGUGUUCUCGCACCUUGCAUGGGUCCAGACGGACAGAAAGUCAGGAGGGCUCGGUGAUCUGAAAUACCCGCUUGUCUCCGAUGUCACUAAAUCAAUCUCAAAAUCAUAUGGGGUACUCAUCCCUGAUCAGGGCAUUGCACUGAGAGGGCUUUUCAUCAUCGACAAGGAAGGAGUCAUCCAACACUCCACCAUCAAUAACCUCGCCAUUGGAAGAAGCGUUGACGAAACAUUGAGGACCCUCCAGGCAUUGCAGUAUGUGCAAGAAAACCCGGACGAAGUCUGUCCGGCGGGAUGGAAACCUGGGGACAAGUCCAUGAAACCCGACCCGAAACUCAGCAAAGAGUAUUUCGAGGCGAUAUAAGUGACUGAGAAACAGAGCAUAAACCCAUGAAUUUUAUAUGUAUCUUCAAGAGUUGAGUGAAUGUUUGUGAGGAAUUUAGCCAGAGAGGUAUAAUAUAAUUCAAUCAUAUGUUUGCAGGUUGUAGUGUUUUCACUAAAAUGAAUAAAGAAUAGAGAACCUCUAGUGUUUCCUCUU